UAUUUCAACAACUACAAUACAGCCUUCUUCCUGUUGCGCCCUGUUUGUGUUUUUUCAUCAUCAAAUAACAACAACAAUAACAACAAUUACCGAACAACAAUAACUAGUAUUUAAAUUUCAACAACAAAAUGUCAGUCUUACAACAAAUCAAGGAUAUCGAAGCUGAAAUGGAUAGAACCCAAAAGAACAAAGCCACCGCUUACCAUUUGGGUACAUUGAAAGCUAAAUUAGCCAAGUUGAGAAGAGAACUCUUGACUGAUGCUACUAAAAAGAAAGGACCAGGUGGUGAUGGUUUCGAUGUCAACAAAUCCGGUGAUGCUCGUAUUGGUCUUGUAGGUUUUCCUUCUGUGGGUAAAUCUACUCUACUUAACAAGAUGACAAAUACCUUCUCUGAAGUUGCUUCAUAUGAAUUUACAACAUUGACUUGUAUUCCUGGUGUUAUUAACUACAAGGGAGCAAGAUUGCAAUUAUUGGAUUUACCUGGUAUCAUUGAAGGUGCUAAGGAUGGUAAGGGUAGAGGUAGACAAGUUAUUUCUACUGCUCGUACUUGUAAUUUGAUUUUAAUUGUUUUGGAUGCUCUUAAACCACUUACACACAAAAAGAAGAUUGAAUAUGAAUUGGAAGGAUUUGGUAUCCGAUUGAAUAAGCAACCACCUAAUAUUACAUUUAAAAAGAAGGAAAAGGGUGGUUUGAAUAUGAUGUCUUCUGUUCCUCUUACUCACUUGACAAAUGAAAUUGUUAAAGCCAUUUUACAAGAAUACAAAUGUCCAAAUGCAGAUAUCAUGUUCAGAUGUGAUGCUACUGUAGAUGAACUUAUCGACGUUAUUGAAGGAAAUCGUGCUUAUAUUCCUGCUAUUUAUGCCAUGAACAAGAUUGAUCAAAUUACUAUUGAAGAAUUAGAUUUGAUUGAUAGAAUUCCAAAUGCUUGUCCAAUUUCUGCUCACCACGAAUGGAAUAUGGAUGGUCUUUUGGAAAAGGUAUGGGAAUAUUUGGAUUUGAUUAGAGUUUACACAAAACCAAAAGGUCAAGUUGCUGACUUUGGUGCUCCAGUUAUUAUUAGAAGAGACAAGAGUUCAAUGGAAGAUUUUUGUACCAGAAUUCACAAACACAUUUUACGUCAAUUCAAAUAUGCUUGGGUAUGGGGUCAAUCCGUAAAACAUCAACCUCAAAAAGUUGGUAAGGACCAUCAAUUACUCGACGAAGAUAUUGUACAGAUUGUUAAAAAGAUUUAAAUUUUAUAAAUUGUUUUUUUUC